ACCGAAGACUUGCAGUUGCAGGGGUUCUCUCCCCCUUCGCCGUCAAAGCCCAGAGGCGUGCAAUGUCGCGGCCGCCGUCCCCGAUGCUCUCCGUCCCGGAGAAGAAGACGGCCGCUGCCGAGCUCUUCCGGGACCGCCACUUCUUCAACUCAGCCUUCUUCACCGACCUCCGCGAGGCACGCGCGUCCCUCUCCUCUCCGGGCUCCCAGGCGUCGACCCAGGACCCCUCCUCCCGCCGCGCGCUCCUCCUCCGGUACCACCGCCUCCUCUCCUCCGCACGUGACGACCCCUGCGACUUCGACGACAACCUCGCCUUCACCUGGCACGACGCCUUCAGGCCCCACCUCAAGCGCGCCGCCGCGUCCCUCCGCUUCGAGAAGGCCGCCGUCGUGUUCAACCUGGGCGCCUGCUCAUCGAGGAUCGCGGCCGCCGUCGACCGGGCGGCGGAGGGUGGAGUCAAGGCGGCGUGCGGGGAGUUCCAGCGAGCCGCGGGGGCGUUCAGGGCGGCGGGGGAGAUGAUGGAGGGGGAAGAGGACACGGUGGAUAUGGGCCCGGAGGCCUCCGCGAUGCUGGAGCGGCUCAUGCUCGCGCAAGCGCAGGAGUGCUGCUUCGAGCGCGCUCUCGCCGCGGGAACGUCGCCGGCGGCGUGCUCCAAGGUCGCGAAGCAGGCUGCCUUGUACUAUGAAGAAGUUUAUGCUUCAUUGGCUCUCCCUCCACUGCAGAACCACUUUGAAAGAUCUUGGGUAUCACAUGUCCAGCUCAAAGUUGCUCUAUUCAAUGCAGAAGCUAGCUAUCGUUAUGCUAUUGAACUGCAUGAGAAAACAGAAAUUGGUGAAGAGAUAGCUCGACUGCAGUUUGGAAUUAAUGCAAUUGUUGAUGCAAAGAGAACUGCCCGGGGAGCCCCUGGAGGCCUUUAUGAUGCUGCGUCCCAACUCGAACAGCAUAUGAACGAGAAUUUGGAGAGAGCACUGAAUGAGAACUACCGCAUCUAUCUUCUGCGAGUCCCAGCAGCCAAACUACUAGCUCCUCUUCCAGCAGCUUCACUUGUCCGGCCUGCUUCCAUAAGUGAGAUCUUAGAUGUGAAGACAGAAACCGGUCAUCAAUCAUCGUAAACAAACCCCUCUUGCUGGAAAUGAAGGAACCACAUGUGUACUACUGCAUUAUGUUAAAGAUUGUCUGCUGCAGCGAAUUGCAGGGCCAAUAACGAUUUAUUUGUUUAAUUUCUGGGGGUGUAAAUAGUCACAAGAACCUGUACUGGUGGUUACUGUGCCUGAAAUUAUUAUUGCCAUAAUAUCAUUGUGGUUUGUUAUUGUGGCUAACAUGGUUGAUUCAUCACGGUGGCACGUAACAUUUUUGCAAGAAUGUUAUGAAAAAGUGCAGCAUUUUGUCAGUAAUUUCUACUAUGUGUGCUAUUCAAGUGUUUAUAUAUGGAUAAGUCAAUGUACUGAAUAAUCGUGCUGGUGAACUCACCGAGGUCACUCAUCUCUACCACUGGAAGUCUGGGAUCCGUACUAAGGCUACAUGUACUACGGUCGGUCAUUGCAGCAUUUGGUUUGUAAAUUUUGCUAAAUGGCGCUCUUAAACUGUUUGUAUCAACCAAACUUGUCCU